AUGAUUACCAAGGCUCAAUGCCACAUUUGUCGUGGAGGACCAUUUGUCCUCAAAACUCUUUACAAUCAUCUACGCGAGCAUCUCGGAUGCACUGAGGAUGUGAUUAAUGAAGUAAAGAGUUCCACAAAGAAAGCAAUUCAUUGUGGCAAAAAAGAAUUCGGGUGUGAGGCAUGCCCACAAGUAUUUUAUAGCGCUGAAGGCCUAAGAAAGCACAAAAAGCUGAAACAUUCAAUCAGUGGUACACCAGAAGAGAUAAAAUCCCCGGUCUGUCCUGAGAAAACAAAAAGUCUCCAGAAUCUCGCGUUGCACUCUGCUGAGCACCAUGGCAGUGAAGAUGCCAGUUUUGAACUGAUCGACAAAACUUUUCAUUCAUGGGAAGAUUUUGAGGGAGAUGAUGUACAAAUGGCUAACGAUCUGUUCAAGGCAGUUCUCUUCGAAGUCAAUGAAGCAAAGUUCGAGAGCUACCUCUACGCUUGUAUGUCUUUUCUAGCGUCCAUCGAUGCCCAGGACAUGAUAAAUGUAAACUCCCACUGCGAAAGAUAUGGGGUCUGCUCAUACCAGUUUCAAUGUUCUUGCUCCGAAGCCUACAAAGCCGGCGUUUCCUGCGUGCACUUACAUGCUGUAGCAACUUUUGUCGAAGAAGCGUCCGCGCUUCACCGACCUAUUCGACAUUACCUGGCAUCCAGCGAAACACCGCUGUUGCGUGAAAGUGAAAAUGAUGACAAUUGCGAAGCCGGGUCGGAAGGCACCGGAACCAUGCCUCCAGAAAGCAUAGACAUUGCGGACGAAGGUGCUAAUGAAAAUGAGGAGCCAAGAGACAUAUUAGAAGAAGAUAGAACAAAGCAGACGUAUCAGCUCGUUGAGGGGAGAAUUUCCGAUCUUUCGGAGUUGAUGCGAUGUUGUCGUAGAGAAGGACAGUACGAAGUGUUGGAAGAGUGUGCGAAUGCUCUUUAG